AUGUCCGACACCCGUUUUGUCUUCACAAAGAACACAUCUCUUCCUUUCAAGACUCAAUGCUCUCGGGAAAAGCGCAACAAAGAAGCUCUACAACAAGCAGUUCUCUUAGGUUUAUUAACACAGCUUCAUACCAUAGAUGUUGAACGUCCAUUAAAGAAAUCGAAUGUGACGGAACAAAUUCCCAAAAUUAUAUCCAUUGACUUUGGAAAUGAAAUCUUUGAAUAUGACGGCUUUGUUCGGGACCGAUUUAAAAGUUAUAUGGAGACAGACUACAAAACAGAACAAGAACGAAUUAAAGGCUUACGACUCUUCAAUAGGAAUAUCCAAGUCUUUUCUAAUAAUUAUUUGAUGGACCUCUGUACCGAGAAUGGGUUCUUCUUCAAUUCACAUCUCUCCAAAGUCUCCAAAAAUGCACAGAGAAUCGAAUACUUCGAAAACAUUUUUUAUAAGGGAAAGUUGGUGAUGAGUGUCUUCGAUAUAGCAGAGAAGGGAUCGAUGCUCUGUAAAUACUUCUCUGAUGUCGUCAAGAUCCAUAAACACACAAUGAUCGAAGUGGGAGACAAAAACAUUCAAAGGAUCUUGGGGUUCUCCACUGACUCAACGACAGAAUCUUCAUCGUCUUUAUUGACAAACUAA